GGCAGCAUAGCUUGGCUUUACUGAGCUCAAGAAGUAGCCUCUCCAACAAAAGUUACGUUUGGGGAGGAAAACGUUAUUUUAACGGUUGUGCUGUAAUUCAUCCACUCGUUUAGACCACAUAGCCGUAACUCGAGGGCUUAGUGUUGUUUUCUUCAGCUCUUUUGUCAGUGUAAACAGAAAUAAACUUCCACCUCAAAUCUGGGAUACUGGGAGCCGAUGGAGCGCAGUUUGUAUGGAUACAGAUGAGGCACGAUGCUAGCUAGGCUAACUAACUAGCUACUAAGGAAAUGGUGAGCGUCAAAGUUAUCCACUGAAGAAUAGCAACAGGAAGUCGAUUCACUGACAUGGAGGGCAACGGAGAGAUCAGUGACACUGACAGCGGCAUCAUCCUUCAUUCAGGCUCUGACAGCCCAAUGACACACACGAAGGAUGUGACCACGCACACACGGGCCAUGAAGCUCAAACACCAGGCUCUCCAAGAACGACUGGAGAUCUGCCUGCUGGAGCUGAAGAAGGUCUGCAUCCGAGAAGCUGAGUUGACAGGCCGACUGUCGGAUGAUUAUCCUCUGCUGCCAGGAGAGAAGCCUCCGCAGAUUCGCAGACGUAUCGGAGCUGCGUUUAAACUGGACGAACAAAGCUUCCCUCGAGGAGCAGAGGAGUCAGAACUGAGUUUUGUUGAUGCUGAGUUGGCGCUUCAGAUGAAGAUAUACGAGGCAGCACGCAAGCUCUUCGAGGAGGUUCACUCGAGUAAGGCUGUUAGAAAGAGCCGGUUACAGCAGUGCAAGAGAGAGGAGAAAAAACUCAAACGGCUGCAAGAGACGGCCUUUCAGCUCCGACUGGAGCACGGACGAUCAUCACCACUUCCUGCUUUUAAUAUUGCACAACACGAUCUGGGUACAUCUGAUGACAGCUCUCUGUCAGAUUCUAUAGUGCCAGAUGAAGAAGUGACAAGUCAGUCAUCCCAGCUGUCCUCAGGACUCCCCGAUCCAGGAGAGACCGAUCCUCCGCAGCCUCCCCCUGCCUCCUCACACUCCUUCACAAACGGCUUGUACUUGUCUCCAUCUGUGGCUCCACAAACCCUGCCACUGACCCCAAGCCAGUCUCCCCAUGCGAGCUUUGACUCUAAGAGUUUAAGCUCAAGCCCCGUGUGUGACCUUCCUCCCAUCCAGCACUCCCCGUGGACAGAGUCUAGCCUUGACCAACCUUACCAGAAGAACAGGAAGUCACGCUCCUCUAACAAGAUGAGCAGUCCAGCCAAAAGUGAAUUGUUGCCGCCGUUGGAGGCUGUUUUUGCUUCCCAUCUGAGGCUGAGCCGCACCCAGUCGAGCAGCACGCCUUCCACGCCAGAGAUGCGAGUACACAGACAACUCUCCCUCAGAAUAUCCAACCCUGAAUCUUCAUUUGAAAAGGACCGUGGACGCACCAGAGGUCCAAGGAGGCGACUGACAGAAUAUGCAAUAACUUUACCGGAGACUCCUCCCCCCGCGGUGAACUAUGGAAACCAUGUUAACUCCGAGGAGAGCAACUCUGAACACUCGUUUACAUCUUACAACAGCUCACCUUGUCAGGAGUUGUUCUCUGAUUUGCCCAAACAGUAUCAGUCUGCAUUCCCGCACUCUAGCCCAGUUGGCAGCUAUGGACCUCAAGCCUUCCCACGCACUGGCUUUUACCAUAAUCCCAGGCACCAAUCCAGCCCCAGUUUCCCCAAAGCCUAUUACACUGAAGAAAUGGUCUACCAACCUGACCUGGACUUGGCACGCACCUAUUACACCCAACAGGCUCCCUGUCCUUCCAACAGAUAUGAGUAUUACUAUAAAGACCCUGCCGUGCCCCACCAGAGAGCACAGAGGCCUUUACCUCCUGAUAUCAGACUCUCCCCCUCCCCGGCUCAGUGGGAGCAUCCACACUACCGCUCCAAUGGCCUCCCAAAACAAGUGGUGAAUGAGCAGCUCAAGUCAUGGCACCGCCGCAGUCAGAUGAAGUCCCCCAGGUCCCGCUCUCUUGACAGACAGGGAGCAGUCAGAGUUAAAAACAUAUCCGCUCGGGAGGCCACUUUAUACCAAAAUCAGAAGUACCAUGAACAGGUGAUCCAAAGAAGAGCUCUCCAGAGAGCUGCAGAUGACACCCAGGGGCACUGGGUUGCAGAUGACGGCUCUCACUUUGUGAGUCAAGUGUAAAGCAAGACCACUGUGGACCGCAAACUGAACAUGUGAACUCGGAGGCGACUGCAAUCAUUACAAUGAAGUGAAGCGGUCAGAAAAUUAAGUCAAAUCAACUGUUUAAGCCCAUAGCUGUUAACUUUCCAGCCUGUAUUGCAUAUAUAGAGAGCGUGAAACAACUGCAGCAUGUUAAUGUAAUUCAACAAUAACUACAGUCACCAAAGUUACAGUCAAGUGAAGUUAGUUGCAGAGCAGUUGUAUUGGAGUUGGAGCAUUUCUGUAAAAUGUAACUGUUGUUUUUAGUCACUCUGUAUGAGCUGGAUGCUUUUUAAAUGUUACUGAGGCUGUUUUAACCUACGACUCCAGCUCAAAACUGGAUAUUUGGUUCCUCAAAAAAGUAGAUAUCAUCAGCACAGAGUUUCUGUGUCAUAAUAAAGGCUCAUUUUGAGCUGCAAAGCAGGAAAUUAUAUAAUGAAAUGGCAAGUAAAGUGUUCGGAGGUAUAAGGAGCUCUAAUACGGAAAUGUCCAACAAAAUUGAACAUUGUAGUCUGAUUGUGAAAAAUGUUUUUAAAGUAACUUUUCACAUGUAACUAACAUUUAGGUCACUGUUGAAGUUAAUCUCAGAUGAAUUAUGAUUAAUUUCAAAAUAGUCACAUGUAAAGCAGUCAAGUAAACUGCUUUGAUUACUCAGUCAUGCAACAGAGUGCUGCAUUAGAUGUGGCUAUCUAUAGCCACAUAAUGCACAUUUGUUUGAGUACGUGCUCGAGACAGAUGUUUACUUUCUGCAGUUUGGUAGAUACUUUCACCUAGCUGUACGAAUGAAAUUAAUUAAUUGUAAAAUUAUGUAAAUGAGUAUUCUUUCUACAUUUGUGUAUAAUGUUGCCUUGAUUGUGUCACCAUGUCAAUGAACUUGAGCUGCUUAGAUUUAAGAUCCCAGUUUUGUCCUCUUAAACGUACUUUUGGAGGCAAAUGUGUCUUGUAUUUAAACUUACAUGUGUCUGUGUCUCUGCCAGUUAACUUGAAUUACUAAUGGACUUAAUCAACUAGUUGAAACUAGAUAUUAACUAACUCGCGUGAGUUAUAAAGUAGUACAUUUAACAAAAGCAGAGUCUUGAUGCUUGGCAGCUAUUAACGUGAUCAGUUGAAACUUAAAAUGUCCCAAGCUUUAACAGAAUUGUUUGGUUUAAACAAAAGUGUUUAAGAAACUAAGCUUCUUGUUAGAACCAGUACAACUAUGAGGUGAACUGUAUUUGAAACACUGACAAUAUGUGAUUCACAAUCAAGUCUCCAAAUCAAAAAAUCAAUCAAGCUUUUGAUGGUAGAUCAUUUGAGAAUGAGAGCAAAUUAAAACAACAGCUACACACUGACUGGUCUCUCACAGUGAUCUAUUUAUGUGUUUAUUUAUUGUGAUGUGCACCAUUCGACCCUUGGACAGUCAGACUUGUAAAAGAAGAAGACGAGGACCAGCAGCAGUAAAGGCCGUGUCUCCGUGUGUGUGUAUAUAAAACAAAGAAAAACAGACCACAAUCAUGUUACCUUGUGUGCCUCUUUUUUACUGUCUUUUUUUUAUUUAUCAGUUAAAGUAGUUUAAGUGAACCUUUAUAAUUAUGUGUUAUGUUGCUGUUGAAAUAUCUGUGAAGUGUUAACCCUGUGGAAGAAAAAUAAAGAGUAAUGUUUGCAUAG